AAACAGAAAAGUAGAGUAUUUCCUUUUAUGGCCCAAAUUUGUUUGUAAUUUCAGUAGUGAAGUACUCAAUAAAGUCAUUGAACUACUUGAAACACUGUAAAAGCACUGUAAAAUGGUUACAAUACUAUUUUAAUUACCGGUGUUUGUGUGGAGUUUGUAGCUAUGUAAUGUCAGGACGAUAAUACAUCAGGAAGCAGGGCGUGCACAUACUCCCACUUCCUCUUUUUCACUCUUUAAAUCAUCCUCAUUAAUGUACAAAGUACUGCCUCUUCUUGCUCUCACUGGUUUAUUUUAACAAUGGAAAGCUUUAUUCUGAUUAUUCUGGUAAUUAUGCCCGGUGUGUGGAGUGGACAAUGGAGGGUGACCUCUGAAGAUCAGUGUGCUUUGAAAGGGGCAUCAGUGGUCAUUAAAUGUCAGUAUGACUAUCCUUCAGGGCAGUGGGUCACGUCAGUAGGCUGGUCCAAAAUCCUGCCUGCACCUGGAAGUCCAAGGACUUUCAUCCUCUCACAGCUGCAACUAAACUCAGAACACUUUGAGUAUGUGGGCAACAAAUGGAGUGACUGCAGACUGAAGAUCAAUAAUGUACAGCACGCCGAUGAAGGAGCAUACCAUUUCAGUUUCGUAACAACAAUCAACAGAUGGAGAAGCAUGAGAGCGGCUCAUUUGACCGUAAGAGAGCUGACUACAGUUGUGGAGCCGAGCACAUUGACAGAGGGGGAGGGGGUCCGUCUGUCCUGUGUGUCAGGCUGUUCUACACGGGUCAAUAUCGUCUGGUUCAGAGACGGACAGCCUGUCCCACAGCCGGGGUUCCAGGCUACCAGAGAGGAUGCUGGGAGAUACUACUGUGCCAUCUUUGGACAGGAGAUGGUCAGAUCUGCCUCUGUGGCUCUAAAUGUUCAAUAUGCUCCCAAGAAAGUCACGCUGUUGAUGACCCCAUCAGUCCUCAAAGGAAGUGCUGUGACCUUCACCUGCAGCAGUGACGCCAACCCCCCCGUGCCACAGAAUGGAUACAGCCUCCAUAAAGACGGACACCUCAUCAGUUCUGGACAGGUUCACACCAUGUCCAACAUCCAGCCCCACCACAGCGGCCUAUACUCCUGCCAGGCCUGGAACAACAUCAGCCAGAGCGGCAUCAGCCACAUCAACUCCACUCAGCUCCACCUCGACGUCCUGUACCGUCCAGAGAACAUUUCCAUUUCAAUUGACUCACCGGAAGUUGUAGAGGGCAGCAGUGUGAAUCUGAGCUGCAGCAGUGCUGCUAAUCCCGCAGCACACAACUACACCUGGUUCAGGCAGAGUGCUGCUUCCAGCCUCAGCUCCAUGCUGCAGGUGGGAUCAGGACAGGUGCUGUCCCUCCCCUCUGUGGACGUGUCACACACCGGACUCUACCUCUGCACGGCCAGGAACCAAUUGGGGGAAAACAACUCAACAGAGCUGAUGCUGACCAUGAAGAAACAAUACAAAGGCGAACUGGCCGUCCCAAUCUUAGCUGGAAUCGGAGUGUGUGCUUUUGUGGCGCUACUGUUGGCUCUGCUUCUGUUCUGGCUGAAGCACAGGAACCAUGCAGAGAAAAAAACUUUGUUUGACUUCAAACUCAGUGGGGAAGGCUCAAGCUCGUCAGAUCCAUCUGACAGUGUUUACGCCAACAUCGAGCCAUAUCCUCCACCUGUUACUCAGGACAUCACUCUCUCUCAGAGGAUGUCACACCAUGAGCAUGAGGCACCCAUGUCGUAUGAAGAUGACGUGACCUAUGCCACAGUGACCAUCAAUCCCAGAAACUCCACCCUGCCAAAUCGCAUGAACAGCAGGUCCAUAGCUGGAGAUAAUGAUGAGUCUGUGAUCUACGCUGCACUGGCCAAACCCGCUGAGUCUGUUUGAACCCGUUCACUCCUUUAGGAAAGUUUCAUUCUUAUCAAGAAAUGCUGCCAUGUGGCGUCUUAAAAGUCCAAGUCUCUCCGGAGAGUCAAAAAGAGAUAUUAUAGUAUAUUUUAAUUUAUUAUUAAUAAAUAUAUAUUUAUUUAUAUUUUUGCAAGGCUUUUUUGUUUGUAGUUUGUACAUAAAUACUUACUAAAUACAUAUAUUUAAUGUUUUUGACGCUUGGGGAAAGGUGUGUGUUGUUUAAGAUACUUAUACUGCAGUCUGUACAGUUGGUAAUAAAGAUUCAUAAUUACA